GCCUUUGUUUUGUGAAAAGCAUGAAGAAGAGCGAGAAGUUCAGCAGCGUUGUUAGCAGGUUACUUUUGACAAUGCACUGGAAGGCUACAGAUGUGUUUGGUGGCUGGCAGCAGUGACCAUGCUGUGUUUCCGUAUUGCGUUCUUGCUGGUACUCCUCUCUCAGGUCCAGGAACCCAUCCAGGCCUCCGAGGAAUUCUCUGUGCCUGAUGAAUGGGUCCUGCUUCACGUCGUUCAAGGCCACAUCGGCGCAGGCAACUACAGCUACCUGCGCCUCAACCAUGACGGACGCAUCAUCCUGCACAUGCUCAGCCUCAAAGGCGACGCCGACCUCUACGUCUCCGACAAGACGCUGCGACCGGACUUCGACACCUAUAAGCUCCAGUCGGCCACCUGUGGCUACGACGUGGUCGUGGUUCCAGGCGACUUUGUUAGACCGGUGGGCAUCGGGAUCUAUGGCCACCCUUCUCACCUGGAGAGCGAGUUUGAGAUGAGGGUGUUUUACGAUCAGACCGCUUUGACCGAGGACCUGUUUCUAAAGGAUUCGUAUUCUCCAGAGGAGAGUCAUGAACAGCCCAAAUACCCACAGACGGGCACCGGGGAGGAAUUUGAGGAAGACGAGCCCAUCCUGUGGACCAUUCUCAUUGGGAUACUGAAGAUAAUACUUGAAAUUUUGUUUUGAUCAUUGAUGUGAUUUUUUGCCGUUAGGCUUAGCAUCUUAGAAAAGAGCAAUUAAAUACGUGGCCAAAGUAACACAAACACUGGAGGGAAUUUGUCUUUUGGUAAACACUUUUCAUUUUGAUCUAGACCUAAUCUUGCGGUCUUAACAGAAACGGGAAAUACGGUCUCUGCUCGUGUUUUCCCUCGUUCACACGCAGAUGGCAGUUUUACUGUCGGUGUGAGUGAUGGCUUAUCUACAGUUUGUCUGUUUUGAUUGUAAUUCAUCUUCAUUUGCGUUGCUAAUAUGUAUUAUAUACUAAUCAUUUUGAAUCUGCUGAGGUUCUGAGCCCUAUGCAAUCACCCAAAUCAGCUUUCGGAAGAAAUAACAACUGUGCCUUUUGUCAGAUUCCUUUCCUUAAGAAAUGGAGAGGCAUGAUAUGAUGCGUUUGUAACAUUUUCAAAUAAAGUCGGUCAAUUGUGCAAACUG